AGAGGUGUAAUGGCGCGGCAAAGAAAUCAAGCAGACGAGAUGAAAUUCCGUUGUUCGAUCUGUCUGGAUCUAUUAAAAGAUCCGGUGACUAUUCCUUGUGGACACAACUACUGCAUGGGCUGUAUUCAAACUCAUUGGGGUAAAGGAGACCAGAAGAUAAGUUACAGCUGUCCUCAGUGCAGAAAGACUUUCAACCCGAGACCUGUCCUGCUGAAAAACACCAUGUUGGCAGAGUUAGUGGAGGAAAAGAAGACUGCACUCCAAGCUGCUCCAGCUGAUCACUGCUAUGCUGGACCUGGAGACGUGGCCUGUGAUUUCUGCACUGGGAGGAAGCUGAAAGCCUCCAAGUCCUGUCUGCAGUGUCUGGCUUCUUACUGUGAGCAACACCUCCAGCCUCACUAUGAAUCUCCUGCUUUUAAAAAACACAAACUCGUUGAAGCCUCCGUUAAGCUUCAGGAGAGCAUCUGCUCCAGUCAUGAUAAGUUAAAAGAGAUUUUCUGCCGCACUGACAAGCAGUGUAUCUGCUUUCUCUGCUCAAUGGACGAACAUAAAGGUCACGACACAGUCUCAGCUGCAGCAGAGAGGAUGGAGAAGCAGAAGGAGCUCGGUGAAAGUCGGCAAAUAAUCCAUCAGAGAGUCCAGGACCGAGAGAAAGAUGUGAAGGAGCUUCAGCAAGAGACAAAGACCAUCAAUCGAUCUGCUGAUAAAGCAGUGGAGGACAGUGAGGAGAUUUUUACUGAGUUGAUGCGUCUCGUUGAGAAAAGACGCUCUGAUGUGAAGCAGCAGAUCAGAUCCUGGCAGACAACUGAAGUGAGUCAAAUCAAAGAUCUUCAGGAGAAGCUGGACCAGGAGAUCACAGAGCUGAAGAGGAAAGAUGCCGAAAUGGAUCAGCUGUUACGUACAGAGGACCACACCCAGUUUCUUCACAGUUACCCCUCACUGUCAGAGCUCCCUGAGUCUACAGACUCACCAAGACCAAACAUCUCCUGUCUGCAGUACUUUAAGGAUGUGAUGGCAGACGUGACAGCAGCCAGAGAUAAAAUGUAUGCCAUUCUUGAUGAAACAAGGAGUUUAGCAGAGUGGACAACCAGAGCUGGGUUCUUACGAUAUUCACGUCAAAUCACACUGGAUCCAAACACAGCAGGAAAAUAUAUGGCACUAUCAGAGGGAAACAGAAAAAUUACAUUUAAUAAAAAAAAAAAUAUGCCAUAUCCUAAACAUACAGACAGAUUCAAUCAUGAAUCUCAGGUCUUGAGUAAAGAUGGACUGACUGGACGUUGUUACUGGGAGGUGGAGAUGAGCAGGUCUGGUAAAGUAGCAGUCGCUUACAGAAGUAUCAGCAGGUCAGGGAACUUAGGUGCAUAUGUCUUUGGAUUCAAUGAGAAGUCUUGGGCGCUAUAUUGUGAAAAGAGUUAUACCUUCAGACAUGACAGCCAGUCCCUCAGCAUCUCAGACCCUAAAUCCUCCAGAAUAGGAGUGUACCUGGAUCACAGUGCAGGUAUUCUGUCUUUCUACAGCGUCUCUGAAACUAUGACUCUCCUCCACAGAGUCCAGACCACGUUCACUGAGCCGCUCUAUGCUGGACUAAUGCUUUUUGGUCCUAAUGGAAGCACUGCUGAGUUGUGUAAGCUAAAGUAGUCAUUAAAGGAGCAGAGGAUCAGAUAAUAUCAGAUAAAUGUAUUGUAUCCUCUUUCAGAAAGGCAGAUGUAGUUUCUGAUUAGACCCAGAGUGGCUGAUGUUUCUGUGCCAUUUGUGUGUUUCAUGAAAUGCAGUUUGUGUAAAUAUAUGAGAUUGUUUCAAAUUAUGGCCCAUGUGAGUCAGGAAGUCAGGAGUCCCAGUCUGUGCUGGACUUUGUCUUUCUACAUUUAUUGAGUGCGCUAAAGCAGACAAGACUUAUUAAAGAUGUGAUGAGUAAAACGGAUUACAAAUGAUUGGAGUGACUCUUAACCUUUUUCAUCAUUUGUCUGUAUAUUACUUUUAAGACUUCCUUUGUUUGAUAACAUAGCUACAGAUUCCUUUGAUUAACUUAAACUGUUUUGA